AUGGCUAUCACCAGUUGGUCGUACCUUUUGACCUAUAAAAGGGCCUUGAUGGCAAGAACCAGUAGCUCUCCCAUGCAACUUCUCAAGCGCUCCUUCUCGUCUGAAACCAAUAGUUGUACAAUGGCUUCGAUUGACAUCAAUAAAAUCAACUCCUGGAACGAAGAAUUCAAGGCUGACCAGUCGCAUCUGCUUGCCAGCACGGUGCUGAAGAACGAUGAUGUGAGCAAGAUCCUCUUAAACAGGUCCCGGUUAUUACAGCAAGAUGUUCGUGUUUUCAACACAUCGGUCAGCACAGAAGGUGCCCCUGUAACCAACCAACGGUCAUCUGGAAGAUGUUGGCUGUUUGCGGCAACCAAUCAGCUGAGAUUGAACGUUGCAGCAGAGCUGAACUUGAAAGAAUUUGAACUUUCGCAAGCGUAUUUGUUCUUCUAUGAUAAGCUGGAAAAGGCUAAUUACUUCCUUGACCAAAUCAUCGACACCCAUGAGGAGAGAGACGGGUCGCGCUUGGUUGACUACCUGCUGACUGACCCUACGGGCGACGGCGGUCAGUACAGUAUGCUUCUUAAUCUCAUCAAGAAGUAUGGUUUAAUCCCUAAGGAUUUGUACAACGAUUUGCCCUACUCAACUACGUCGUCGAGAGCCUGGAACAGUUUGCUCAAGUCGAAACUCAGAGAAUUUGCAGAGAUAUUGAGAUCCGAGUUGGCUCUUGCGAAGGACGUCAGGGAGCUGAGAACCAGCAUGCAAAAGGAGAUCUUCAGGCUAAUGUGCUUGUUCAUGGAUAUCCCUCCCGUGAAACCAAACCAGGAGUUCACUUGGACCUAUGAGGACAAGGAUAAAAAGGUUCACACCUUGAAAACGACUCCAUUGAAAUUUGCCUCCAAGUACGCGAAACUGGACUGCAGCAAACCUGUUUCGCUGAUUAACGAUCCUAGACAUCCUUAUGGUAAGCUGAUUGAGAUUGACCGUCUGGGCAACGUCCUGGGCGGUGACAAGGUCAUCUACUUGAACGUGGACAACCAGGUUCUCUCAGAUCUGGUUGUCAAAAGAUUAAAGAAUAACAAGACAGUCUUCUUUGGCUCGCAUACACCUAAAUUUAUGGACAAGCAGUUUGGUGUCAUGGACGUUCAGUUGUGGAACUACCCCGCUAUCAAUUACGAUUUGAAGCAGAGUAAAGCCUCUAGGAUCAAGUACGGCGAGAGUUUGAUGACCCAUGCAAUGUUGAUAACAGGUUGCCACGUUGAUGAGAGCUCAGGAAAGCCCGUGCGCUACCGCGUCGAAAAUUCGUGGGGCAAGGAUUCAGGUAAGGACGGUAUGUAUGUUAUGACUCAGGAGUACUUCGAAGAAUACUGUUUCCAAAUUGUGGUGGACAUCAAUGAACUACCCAAGAAUCUCGCUUCGAAGUUUACGUCGAAGGAUGAGAAGCCAAUUGUGCUACCAAUUUGGGAUCCUAUGGGUGCAUUGGCCCAGUGA